AUGUCUUUGGAAUCACAGCUCAAGUCUCUCUCCCUUGUAGGUGACCUUCUCGAGCAUGCUGCUCCAGCAAAUAACGACGAGUGGGCCUCCAUCCUGGCUACUCAAACCGUCCCCGCUUCGUACGAGCUCACAAAAACUCUUGUUUUCAAGCCAAAGACCCCUAAAUCUCAAACACCAGUCCCCGUCGUCGUGAUUGCCCUCAACUCUUCAGCAACCCCAUCCUCCGUUAUCGCAAAGGCUACCAACACUAAAGACCCUCGUUUGGCUGCUACCGAUCUUGUCGCUGAGUUUUUUGGCGGAAUUGCUCCUGCCGAUGUCGGUGCUCUUUCGGUUACUUCCGAUAAUGCAGAAAAGAUCAAGGUUGUUCUCGACUCUCUAAUUGCCGAAGCUAAGGAUGAUCUCAUUGUCGCCGUUCACCCUUCCGCUGCCGCAAAGACUGCCUUUAUCAAGGCUGUCGAUCUCGCUGCUCAAUUGAAUGCUACCGGUGUUGAAGUUAUUACCGUCAACUUUGCCGAAGCUGCCUCUGCUGCCCCAGCUCCUGCUUGUACCCCUACCCCUAAAAAGGAAGCCGCCCCUACUGCCGCUACUGACGCCAAAAUCGAUGGCGCUGCUUUGAUUGGUAUCACUGUCGACAAGGACCUCGAUUUCCCCGGAUGGUACUCCCAGAUUCUCACAAAGGGUGAAAUGCUCGACUACUACGACGUUUCCGGCUGCUACAUUAUGCGCCCGGCUUCUUACUUUGUUUGGGAACAAAUCCAAGAGUUUUUUAACCUCAAGAUCAAGUCCAUUGGUGUCCGCAACUCUUAUUUCCCAAUGUUUGUGUCAUCUCGUGUCUUGGAAAAGGAAAAGGACCACAUUGAGGGCUUUGCCCCAGAAGUCGCUUGGGUCACCCGUGCUGGCAAGAGCGAGCUCGAAGAACCCAUUGCUAUCCGCCCUACCUCCGAAACUGUCAUGUACCCUUACUAUGCUAAGUGGAUCCGCUCCCACCGUGACUUGCCCCUCAAGCUCAAUCAGUGGAACUCUGUUGUGCGAUGGGAAUUCAAGCAUCCUCAACCCUUUUUGCGUACACGUGAAUUCUUAUGGCAGGAGGGCCACACUGCUCAUUUGACCUUUGACGAGGCCAACACUGAGGUUCUUCAAAUCUUAGACUGGUACGAGGCCAUCUACCGUGAACUUCUCGCUGUCCCUGUCAUCAAGGGUAAGAAGACUGAAAAGGAAAAGUUUGCCGGUGGUUUCUUCACCACCACCUGUGAGGGCUACAUCCCUACCACUGGCCGUGGUAUCCAAGGUGCUACUUCCCACUGCUUGGGUCAGAACUUCUCCAAAAUGUUUAACAUCACCGUUGAGAACCCCGAGGGCCCUGAAAAGCCCAAGAUCUUUGCCUGGCAAAACUCCUGGGGUCUUUCUACCCGUGUCAUUGGUGUUAUGGUCAUGGUUCACUCCGACAAUAAGGGUCUUGUGUUGCCGCCGCGCGUCGCCGAGACCCAGGUCGUUGUGGUGCCUGUUGGCUUGACUGCCAAGUCUACUCCUGAGCAGCGCAAGGAGAUCCAGGAUAGCUGCCGCAAGAUUGAGGCUGAUCUUGCUGCCGCUGGUGUCCGUGUCACUGGUGAUUACCGUGACAACUAUUCUCCUGGCUGGAAGUUUGCCGAUUGGGAACUGCGGGGUGUUCCUCUGCGCAUUGAGUUUGGUCCUCAGGAUCUGAAGAAGCAGCAGCUCAUUGCUGUUCGCCGUGACAAUGGUGCCAAGCUCACAUUUGGUCUUGACACUUUUGUUUCUUCUGUCCAGGCUGAGCUCGAGAAGAUCCAAGUCGACUUGUAUGACAAGGCCAAGGCAUCAUUCGAUGGACACAUCACCAAGGCUGAUUCGCUGGACAAGUUUGUUCCUGCUCUUAACACUAAGAACGUUGUCCUUGCGCCAUUCUGCGGUGAGGAAGCUUGUGAGGAUGAAAUUAAGGAUAAGACCGCGCGGCAAGGCCAGGAAGGUGUUGAGGUUGACGAAAAGGCACCAUCCAUGGGUGCCAAGUCUCUGUGUAUUCCGUUUGAUCAGCCAGAGCUUGCUGCUGGCACCAAGUGUGUUGGUUGUGGCCAGCCCGCCAAGUUCCACACUUUGUUUGGCAGAUCUUACUAA